AUGGCGUGCUCUGAAGUUGGGACUGCGACAAAUAGCGAAGAGGAGCAGGAAGAACAAAAGCUUAUUGAUGUCAUGUUUCUCUGCGACGAAUGGAAAUCUUCUAAGGGUGGAUUAUCAACUUUCAAUCGAGAAUUUGCCAUUAAUUUGGCACAAGCGACGACUGGUAGCAUGAAAAUCCAUUGCUAUGUCUCCAAUAGCGAUGAUCGGGACAGAAAAGAUGCUAAACAACAUGGUGUUAAUUUAAUCACAGCUCGAAAUGUUCCUGGUUCAGCCGACCCCCUCGAGUGCUUGAAGUUUCCACCCUCAGAGCUCCCAAACCCACAUCUGGUGAUAGGCCAUGGAAGAAAGCUGGGUAGUCCUGCGUAUUUCCUAGCACAGGCUACAAAAUGUAAAUGGAUACAAUAUGUCCAUGUCUACUGCGAAGACCUUGGAAAAUACAAGAAAACAACUGUGGCUGCAACAGAUACAAUAGAAGAGAACGAGAAGAAGCACAAGAUGGAAAUUGAGUUGUGUAAAGCAGCGGAUGCAGUUGUCGCUGUUGGCUCACGCUUGCAACAGUUGUACAGUAGAAGUCUUGUUAAUGUAAAAGUGGAGCUUAUUACUCCUGGGAUCUUUGAAAAUUUUUCCAAUAAAUCCCAGUUGGUGGUAGACAGAACAGUAGUUAAGAAUUUUAAUGUGUUUAUGUUUGGCCGAGCAACCUUUGAGGAUCUUUCCCUGAAAGGCUACGAUAUAGUUGCAAAUGCCAUCGGUUCUCUUGGUAAGAAGUUCAAACUGACUUUUGUUGGUUCAUCUCCUGGUGAACACCAAAAAGUGGAACAGUGGUUUCUUGACAACACAUGCAUCAACCGCAACCAACUAACCAUCCGUGGUUAUUGCAGCCAACAAGAGGAACUUAAGAUGAUGUUCUAUCAGUCGGAUUUGGUUUCUCUGCCUUCCCGUACUGAGGGCUUUGGGUUGGUGGCCCUGGAGGCCAUUUCUGCUGGUGUUCCUAUCCUUGUUUCUGCCGAAUCAGGAAUAGCAGAGGCUUUGCAUAAAGUAGAGGGUGGACAGUCUGUAGUUAUUGAAUCAGAUGAUGAUGAUGCAACACAAUGGGUGCAAAGGAUUAAAGAAUUGUCCAAUCAAAGUCCAGAGGAGCGACAAACCAAUGCAAUGAAGCUUCGAGAGAACUACAGCAAGGUUUACUCUUGGAGUGGAGAAUGUGAGAGAUUUAAAGAAAUGAUCAAGAACAUAGUCAAAACUUCAAAUGGUACAGUAUGUUAUUUGGUUUUACUUUUGCUUAUAUGAUGUACUGGUAAAUGCCAUGUUUUUCUUUUUAUGUGGUGGGUAAGAAGCAGUUAAGAUCUAGCAUCUGUGAUCUGUUCAAUUGAGCCAAAGUUGAGGACAAGUGUAUGCAUGUAGAUAGUGCAAGGAAGUCUGGUUGUUACUGGAAUCAAAUGUAGCUAAUAAUUCUAAUAAACCUACUAACUGCAUUGUGAUGUUUUUCUUUUUCACUUUCAAAAUUCUUCUUUAGUUGGGAAACAUUGUUGUUGACCAGAAAAAUUUCACCAAUGAUUGUACAUUCACAGUCAGCUGAUAUGUUUGAAGUAAAAAUUUAACUUAUUGUUAAGCAGGCAGUGCCCUUGGCAAUAUGAAACAAGUCUUGUGUUUUGAUUGACUACCAGAGUGGGCAAGAUGGGAUUGCCAGUGUUGAUCCCAAGCAAGUAAAAAUUUUGGUGCAGCAAACUUGCACAAUUUGUUAUUUUUAUUAAAAUUAGAAUGCUCAAUCUUGGUCAUUGUAAACCUAUCAAAUGAUCUUACUUUUAAUUUGUCAAAUGAAAAACUAUCACUGACUUUCACAGUUGGCUUUCUUUCCCAGCACUCAAAAGUGAACAAGUCCUGAACUUGAGUCUGAUAUUCUUCUUCAAGUACAAUCUUUUGGCUAUAUGUUGAGUCUUUUAUUGACCAAGCUUUUAGCUUGUUUGGUCAAGAUAGCUGGUUAUUUACCUCAUCUUCUUUUUGCAUUUUCUAUGGACCAAGAUGUUCCAGUUAUCCUGACUUUACCCUUGGUCAAUAAUUAAUAUCCACUGUCCUUUGCACUGAAUGGGUGUAAGUGAAUUUGAAGUACAACUUUAACUUAGACUAUUUGUUGCAAUUCAACAGAUGCAAAAUUAAAUAUCAAAGUUGAUGUGGAAGACCUGAAAACUACAGAUCCAGAUAUGCACAGCACAGCUUCAGAGCCUGCUCUAUGUCAGAAGGCAACAACAACAUCAGGCACAUGCAGGAAAAGAAGAUCUGAUACAGAAAUAGAUGAUCUCCCAGCACUUAAAGCAAAAGCCUUAUGUUUAAUUGCUAUAAACUAUCUUCAGACUACACCACCACAGUCUAGAGAUGCGCAUAAUGAAUUUAAAGAAUACUUGAAAGAAAUGGAGAUUGUCUUCACAGGUGCUUCUGUGGGAAGCUUGGUGAUAAAAGUGGAGUGUCAUUCUCCUCAGAGCUUGGAGAAAUUGUGGAAAGAUUAUUCAAAUGGCCGUUUGGAAAAGGUGGUUCAGGAUUGUUUUGUCACUGAGAAGAUCUUGAAGGAACUGAACCUGACUGAGCUGAAGCUGAAAACAACAAUGGAUGAGGGAGAGUACAAUGCAUGCAGAGCACUUUUUAAAAAGGAUGCACACAGAGGUUAGUAACAAGAGAGUAACCUGGUCCUUUUGUAAAUCUUUUUUGCUAGAUUGUGAAGUAAAGUGUUUCCUCUCCAACAUACAACACCACCAGGUUCGCAGAGAGAGAUCAUAAACCAAAGGCCCCAGUUCAGAUAAAACCACUUGUCGCAGUAAUAACUACUUAUGUAAUGAACAUUUAAAGAAUCAUCACAGUGUUAUGAUAUUUAUUUGGUACAAAGUAUGAAAAAAUAUAUUUAUGUUAGAUGGAGCAAAUGAUUGCUGUCCCUGUAUGGGAGAUGAGCUCUCUGGACACAAAUAGAUGUCAAGCCUAGUGUCAUGGUACCAUCCUUGUUGUUAAUGUCAAAUUUGUCAAAUGCUUUAUAUCUCUGUUUGUAGCCUUUCCUUCAUCUUCAUUUUCCGCUACUAAUCCUGGAGAAGAAGAUGUAGCCCUUCAGCCCCAAUUGACAAGAUCCAUCACUGGAGGUUGGCAGAAACAAGAACAGGUUAAGAGAUGGGAGCAGGAGAUAGAGGCUGGGCAGCCAGAGAAAUCUAAAGGUAAACACCAAAUCUUUAAACUUGUUUGUUGAGAAAGCAAACCAGAAAAUUAUAUAUAUAUUUCUGGUUUCCAUGGAAACUGUUUACUUUUAGUGAAAAGUUGCUUUGAACAGUGAUUGUAUUUCUGUCAGGUAUCAAGAAUAAGCUGUUGCAGUUCACUAAUAUUUUAAUGAUCUUGAUGAUACAACUUGCUGAUACAACUUAUAAAGAGCCUGAUUGAACUGGGGCAUUAAAUGCUAAAUUUUCCAUGUGCACUUUUGCUCUAAGGUACUCCGCACUCUGCUGCAUUGUACACCUCUGGUCCUGAAAGAAAACCAGAAGACCUUUUUGAAUCAAUGAAACUGCAAGAAGAAAGAGAAUAUCAGAUUUUGCCUGCUUGGGAAGAAAGUAAAUUUAAAACUUAGAGUGCUUUCAGAUCUUAUGUCAGGUGAUAUUUUGCUAAGGAAUUAAUACCAGUGUAGUUUUUUUCUCCCACUAUCCUGCAUAAAGGAGUGUUGAUUCAGCUUUUCAGUACAGCUGUACUCAGCAAUUUUUUCUAGUAAUUUAAUGUAGAAAACAAAAUCACACAGUAUUCUAUACAAUUUUUUUCCUCGUUCUAUUCUUCAUAAAGAUAGUCUUGAGUUGGCAAUAUCAUUGGUGGAUUAAACAAUUCUAACUUCAUUACAUCCACCUGUUUCAUGGAUGCUGUAUUGGACAAAUGAGACUCUUUGCAUUUACAAGACGAUUAUUUAUUUAAUUAGGCUUUAGUGCCAGUCAUGUGUUGUGAGAUGAUCCCUGAGACAUGUGAAAAUGGAACGUUGUUAAGCGUACAUGUCAGUAACGUUUUGGAAAGGUUUUUUUUUUACAUUAGGAUAAUGACAGCUAAUGUGUCUGUGUGCUUUUUUUCUUGGGUACCUCACCUUUUACUGUAUUUUCCACCACUGAUCUCAACGAUGAGAACGAAGGUGGUAGGAUUCUAAAGAGUAAUUCUAUAAUGUUGAAAAGAAAAAAUUUUCUUAUUACUGGGAAUUUUUGUCAAAUCAAAUUUAGUUUCCUGAAAAUGUUGAAGCCAAACUUUGUCAUGAAUUUUAUUUAAUGGAUCUUUUUUCGUCUCAAACUCAAAGUCUUAAAAGUAAAAGUUUAAUAUUUCAUAUAUUUGUAUUAUUCGACAGUCCCAUUAAGAGUCAAAGGAGGCAGAAAAGCUGAGGAAGAAGAAGGUCUUGAUACAUUACUCACUUCGCACAUCAGAAAAGGAAAAUGGCGAGUGGUUUUGGAGUACUUGGAUGGGCUUCCUCGUUUUGAAAAUCCAUUUAGCAGCGUAGCUGGUGCACAAGAUGAUGAGGGAAUUGGCCUUCCAUUGUGUUAUAGUUCGCAGUCAGGCAUAUUGACUUGGUGGCCAACUGACGAAGACCGUGAUUUGGUCAUACUCUGUAAGGCAAUCUCCCAGUCCUCUCCUCCCUUGAAAAUAACAAAAUUAAUCCUCUCCGAGAGUCCGAUAAGAGAUGAAGGUGUGGAGAACUUAUCCGUAGCUCUCAGUCGCAGUGAUCUAAACAGCUUGACCCUCUCUUUCAGUAGUUUAUCGCAACAAGGAAUCAAGCACUUGUCCAAGGCAAUAGCGUAUAGAAAUUGCAAGAAAUUAACCAGUUUAAAUGUCAGUGGCAAUCACUUUGGGGAUAAGGGAAUCACGCACAUUUGUGAAACGCUAACCAGCAUUAACUGCGAGUUAACCAGGCUGGAUUUGUGUGUCAAUUCUCUUGGAAAUGAAGGGAUGAAACUCUUGUCUGAAGCAAUAACCUCGGGUAAUUGCAAAUUAACGUUGUUAGAUGUUAGUGGUAAUAACAUAGGAAACGAAGGGAUGAAGCGCUUGUGUAAAGCACUCACCAGCAGUGCAUCCAAGUUGUCUGGCUUAAACGUCAGACAUAAUCGUGUUGACGAUAAAGGAAUAAGUCACUUGUGUAAUGCACUGACUGAUACCAACUGCAAACUAGGCAUUUUAGACCUUAGAGGCAAUUCAAGUAUAACUGUUCAAGGAAGGAAGUAUCUGUGUCAUGCUUUGACCGGCAGUGACUGGAAAAUGGAAGGCCUUAAGCUUUUCCGUUCAUCUACAAAGUGAGGAAUCUGCUUAGAACUGAGCCCAGUUGCAUUUCGCUUGUCUUGUAAGAUGUUUUACUCUCAGAAGAGAUGUUCUUAGUUCUCAUUAGAGUGAUAUAGAUACGAAAUCGUCCAAUUGUUUGUCUUACUAUUUUGACUUUGCAGUGACUUUGUUUAUCGAAAGGAAUAGUUUUAUUGACUGGCUUCGUGGCAGUCAAAACGUAGCGAACAGCAAUUGUUACAGUCUCCUUCGUAGCCAUUCGUCGGGAUGUCUUGUAAGGUUCCUCUCAUCCCAAAGAACGGCUGCACCGGAGAUUACGAUCGUUAGUGAAUUUAGACCAUUAGAAAAACCAUUAAUUGUCCAUUUAAUCAGAUACAGUCCAUUUUUUGCUAGAUGGAAAUAGAGCACAUUACGAUUAAGUGUCGUAAUAGCAACACCAAAGUAAUUACAACAACCAAACUGAACAAAGGAAAAUAUCGAUGAAGUCAAAGCAAAAAACAGUCAGGCAAAUUACUGUUACUGAAGCGCGGGAAAACGCGGGUGGCGAAGACGCGAUUGGCUUUAGUCUUGAAUCUGACUGGUUGAUAAAUUUAUAUGAGUUUUCUGAAACAAUCGCGCAGAGAACUUUAAAAAACGAGGUAACCCUGGAUUGUUUUCGAGACUCAGUUGAGUAUUCCUUUAUGAAUACAAUAGCGUGAAGGGAAUAUUUUGAACCACAGAUCCUGAUCCCCGUCAGGGAACUUCUAACAGUGCUUUCCUCCACUUUACUCAUUUGUAACAAAAGUGUACGAAAUUAUAGGCUGUUAGUUUGUUAUUUAAAAAUUAUCUCGGAAAUUUUUUAGAAGUAAUUAGAUCCCAAUGAUAAGAAGAUUUCCUAUGGGAAUUCUAAUCUUAAAGGAGCCAAGUUGGGUAAGGUUGUCUUCUGAAAGGAAAAAUUUCCAAACAAUGUACUCUAACCAACUGUACUGAAAAAAGAUAAAAAUAUAUGUGUAUGGUG